AGAAGCUCGACUUAAUUUCAUUAUGGCUGCGAACCAAUCUGAAGUAUACUGGUCUUUAAAAAAUGAAGUUUUAAUCGAGCUCAGAGACCUGUUGGUUGAUAAACUAGAAUAUGAAAAGACCUUGAGUUAUCUGCGAUCCAAGAGGGUGAUCGAUAGGCGCGACGAGGAAGAUAUAAAAGCCGAAAGAACACGAACGAGGAGCAGAGAAAAAAUGUUGGAUAUUUUAAGUGACAAGGGCCCCACGGCUUUCGACCAUUUCUGCCAUGCAAUAAGAGAGAGAUGCACGAAUCAACAAUACUUGCUGGACAAAAUCCUUACCUCAUUCGAAAAAAAGAAGCAAGAACGAAUUCUUAAAGAACUACCACCAGCUAGCUUACACAGAAACAUUUCCAGUCCAUCAGAGGAUUCAAAGCUUGUUGUCAUGGUAACUGGUGUGACUGAUUUAGAUAAUUUACCCAGUCCAGGUGAUCCUGGAGCUCCAAUGCCACCAGAUGAAGUGGAUGCUGAGACAGGACACCAUAGACCUCAAACUCAUCAGGCCAACUCAACACCAAACAUUCCACCACCAUUAUACUCAUCAGAUUUACCACCACCCUACACUGAGUAAAGAGUGUUUACAAAAAGGAGAAUUAUUUGUGUAAAUACUUAUUACUCGGUGUAUAUAUAGUAAAUGGUAAAUCCAAUUAUGGCUGGAGACUAUUGGAAUGAUAUCCUUAAGAGAGAGAAAAAUUGUUAUGAUCUCUCCCUUGGCUGCUCAACAAAUAUUUUAAGAAAAUAAUAAUUUGUAUUUAGAUGUAAAUUAUACAUAAUUGAAUUUUUAGCUAAUUGAAGUUUAUGGCCCAGGUUUGGCAAUCGAAUGCUUUUCAUGGCAGUUAGUGAAUAGGUCCCAGUUGUUCAGAGGCAGGAUAAUGCUAUCCAGCGGAUAAAUUGUUAUCCAGAUGAUAAGUGUUAACAAACCACGCCAUCUGCUGGAUAGUGAAUUAUCUAGUGGAUAGCAUCAUCCACCUUUGAAACAACCUGAGCCUGAACUUUUAGGCACUUCAAGAAGAUUAAGACAUUGUUCAUGCAUAAGAGGACGAACAAGAUGAUCUAGAAAGAAGAAAAUGAAUUUACAGUACUACAAUAAAUAAGAUAGAAUUAUUGACUGAAUAAGAAAUUUGGCGCAUUUGAAAACAUUUGUGUAGAUAUUUGUGCCUUAUAAGUUUUGAAAUUACUAAAUUUGCCUUUCUUAUUUUCAUGAUUUGUAAUUGUAUAGCUACAGAAAACUGAAGAUAAACAUUUAUUUAUUUUAACAGUUCAACUGUAGAAUACUUGAAAAGUUGAAUGUACAGUUUUCACUUUUUAAUAUAAACAUUGAAGUGGAAGUUGUGAGAUCAGUAUUUCAAAGUUCUUCAGUUUAGAAAUCAGUUAUUGUUUAAACUUUAAACGUGCUAAGUAAUUUAAAAUGAGGGCCUCCCAGAGGGCCCUUAGCAUGUUCCCUUGAUCCGGUUAAAAAUUCAGAUUUUUUUGUUCUUCCAAUUCAUAAAUUCCAUUAUUCUCUUAAGACAAUAAAAAGUGGAAUUAGUUACAGAGUGUCGAGUGAAACAUUUUGCGUGUUUUACAAAAUUAUGAAAGAGUGGCAGCAGCAUAUUCAUAAGUACAAGAUUGCAAUUAUAGUUACAUUUAAUGGAAUGUUAGUGUCAAACAAUUAUGGUAAAACUAUUCAGUUUCUAAAAUGGAUACUGUCUACAAACUUUGACGUCCAAAUUAAAAUUUUAUUGAUGUUCUUUAA